AUGGCAUGCCUCGAGGCACUGCCGGCCGAGGUGCUGUACGAAAUUGCCGAAUGGCUGGUCUGGGACUUCAAACCGCCGUCCGACGGGCGCAAGUUCAGAGGCCCGUCAUACGCUCGGCACCAUGCAGCCCUGGCCAGGAGUUGCCGUCGUCUGUAUAGCAUCCUCAAUCCGCAGCUGUACAAACGUAAUAUCCAGCAAGACGCCGUCCUCAACUCGUGCGUGCUGUGGGCGGCCGCGCGCGGCCUCCUGGGCACCAUCAAGAUUGCUCACGGGCUGGGAGCAGACCUCGACCUUCUUGGACCUCAAAGCCGCGACUUCCGAGAAAAGGGCUGGAACGGCAUCGGUGCCCCGCGCGGCGAUGCAUCGACACCUCUCCAUGUCGCCGUCGAGAACGACCAUCUCGACAUUGUCGAGUACCUCCUCGAGCAUGGCGCCGCCGUUCAUAUAUCCGCCGACGGCUGCUGCCUUUGCCACUAUCACGUCGGGGCAUAUGCCCUCCACAUGGCCCUCAAGCACAGCAGAAAGCCCAAGGAAACUGCGGCAAUGCUGAUUCGGCACGGGGCCUACCUGGUCAGCGGCAACACUCCGGCGGCCGGCAUCGUGAGCAGGAUGGGCCACCAUGACCUCUUCCAGCUCUUGGUCGAGCAAGGCCGUCCAGAAUCAACCAAGGCUGCGCUGGAUCACUCGCUAAGAAGCCGCAACGUGCCGCUCUUUCAGGAUCUCCUCCGACGCCCGGGCCUAGACCUCUCCCCGCCGCCGUCAAGCUACCCGUCGCUCUUGGGGCUGGCCGUCUACAUGGGCCUCACCGACGCCGUGCGUGCCUUGCUUAGCCGCUCUGACGUAGAUCCCACAAAUCUUCACGAGAGCGAACAUUCUCCUCUGCAGGAGGCCGCACAAGGAGGGCAUGUGGGUGCCCUGCACGCUCUUCUCACCAUGAGGCCCGGUAUAGACGUCAACGCAACCGACGACAAGGGCCGCUCCCCGCUCCAUCACGCAGCCGAUUAUGGCCAUGUUGAGGUUCUCAAGGCUCUCACACAGUACCCAGAUGUGAAAGUAGGCGUGAGGGACAAGGAUGGUCAAACACCGCUACACCUGGCCGCGUACGGUGGCAAAUACGACGCUGUUCGCUUCCUGAUCAAGCAUCCAGGGGUCCAGCCCUUGGCUGUAGAUGCCGCGGGCCUGAACGUCUUGCAUUGUCUAGCAAUAGGAGAUUUAACGAGGAGGAAGCUGGAGCUGCUGAAGGAGGAGGACGACGACGACGACGACGACGACGAUAACGAUGAUGGAUAUCAUUGGAGUAAUGAUCUUGGUCAUGGAUAUUAUUACGAUUUCAAAGAUGAGCAUGAAAGCAGUAGUAAGAGUAGCAAUGAGGGUGGCGAAGACAAGAACAAGGAAGCAUCACCCGACGCCGACGAGGUUAAAGAAGCAGAACAGACCAUCAGGGAGCUCAUAAGCAUUGGCAUUCCCAUUGACCAGGAAGCGCCGACAUCCGAGACGGCUCUUCGCAUAGCCAUACGCCGCCUCAACUUCCCCAUGGCUAUAGCCCUGCUCGCCUGUGGGUGCGACCACACCAUCGGCUUUGAAGAACCGUCAGGAUGGACCCUGCUGCACGAAUGCCUCAAGCUUCCCUGCCGCAAGCUUCCCGCCAAACAAAGCAUGCAAACAGAACUGGUGAAGCAGCUAGUGGGUCGAGGCGUGAACAUCGAGGCGGCCUACAGUUACGACCCAGAUUUCGUUCUCAUGGAUAUGGAGGAGAGGGACAUGCUCGUGAACGAGAGUGCCACGCCGCUCUACUGCGCAGCCGCCCUCGCCCACAACACAAGGAGCAUGGAGGUGCUUCUGGAGGCAGGAGCCGACCCCAACGCCGAGAUUUACCGUUUUGGCCGCUACUCUGAGCCGUUGCUCACGGCCCUCUACCCCAAGCUGCGCUACAACCCGAGACAGCCAUUCAGCGUGUUUGGGGUUCUCGUCAAGCACGGCGCGAAGCUGGACGAGGCGGGCGGCGAGGGCAAAACGGCCCUGGAGGCGGCGAUUGACUGCCCCAAAGCUGCGAAGGAGAUGUUGUUGCAUGCGACGAGCGAGAACAUAUGUCGCGAGCAUGUGCAGAGCGUUAUUGAUGAUCUUUCUAGCCGUAAAAAAAGUCGCAACGGGCUGGAAUUGCUUGGAGACUUGAAGGACUUCCGGAACAGGGUAUUUGGUGGGGAGUGA